ACCACCAUGUCUCUCAAGAUCGCCGUGUUCGCCUGCGCCGUCGUCGUGGCUCUGGCCGACCAAGCUCCUGUAUACGCCCCUCCUGCCCCGGCUCCUUAUGGCCACGAGCCCGUUUACCCCGAUGUUCCCCCUCAGUACACCUACAACUACGGCGUCGCCGACGGCUACUCCGGCGUCAACCUCGGCCACUCGGAGUCCCGCGACGGCUACAAGACCGAGGGCAGCUACUCCGUCGACCUCCCCGACGGCCGCAAGCAGACCGUCAAGUACGUGGACAACGGCGACGGUCUCGUAGCUGAGGUCAUCUACGAGGGCGAGGCUCAGUACCCCGAGCACACCCCCUCCUACAAGGCCGCUCCCCCCGCCUACCCUGACCCCCCAGCCCCAGCGCCUUAUGAAUAGAUAUUUGUUGUUUCAAGAUGAUGUGUUGUAACGUUAGUGUCUAUACUUUUGUUGAUAUGUCUGUUGUGCCAUAGUUGCGGACAAAUAAAUGCAGUUUUCUCCAUAAGAAAU